CAAAAGAAGGUUGGUUACAAGCACAACGUACCCAUGUGUGAUUUCGAUUUCGAAGAGCAAGGUCCUACAAAAGACGAGCCCGAUUGCACAGGAAAUGAACCAUUAAAUUGUGUGAAUAAAAUCGGAACAGCACCUGUUGAACAGGUUGCAGGACAUGAAAACUUCCCUGAAAUACGCCCCAUUGACGGAGACGAGGAAAACAAACGACAAGAAAGAGUGCAUUCAGGCGUUGUGCACGAGAAGCAGAGCGACAGCUGUCAGUUAUGCACCGCCACUUCCAAGUGAUUUUGAAGGAAGAUAAAUCAACGAAUAGUUUUGUCCAGAACAUACCAAAUACUGGUAAUACAGAAAGAGGCGCUUAUUCCGUAUUAUCUCAGAUACGUAAACCUUAUGGCGAAUUAAUGAUUGACGGUUUGCAAAAGAAAAUGACUGGAAUAAAACAGUACAAAAGCAAAGUUGUAGAAAAAUAUGGUCAAACAGCCGUUAAGUUAUGCUGGUGGAUGUGUCUCCAAGAUCCUCCAGUGUACAUGUGCACAACUGAUGACAAAGAUGAGUUCAACGUCGUCUUCUACCGGGCCUACACCAAGUCCGGAUCCCAGCUGGACUACAUUGUGUGGCCUGCCUUGAGACUGUACAAGGACGGUCCUUUAUUGUACCGUGGCGUCGCACAGUUUAAAUGAUACUAUCAAGAUUCUUUCAAGUGUGCAUUAUUUUAAAAAUCUUAAUCGCAGUCUAACUGUUUGACUUCUAUA